UCAAAUUGAGACGUUUCGUCUUUAUUCUAAAGACAUCAUCAGUCAACUGAUGCACAAAAAAUAACUUCUAACAUAGAAACAGACAAUAAAACACGUGUAGAACAUAAAAUAUUUUCCUUUUGUUUUUUACUCUCCUUCUAGAUCAUAUAUAGUAUGAUUCAUCUCAAAAAACAUUCACCAUAAAAGUCUUUUGGGAAUAUAUAGUUCUUAUUCCCUUUUUUGUAUGAAUGUCCAUGAGUACUCUCUUUUAUCUCUCUCUUUAAUUUAUGAGAUUCUACAGCGAGUAUUCCUGAAUUCCAAUUAGUUCUAUGUCCACUUGCCAACCCAUGAACGGCUAUCCUUGAGAAACCUUGCCCAUAAAAUGCUUGCUGAUGUUCUUCUUUUCUUUUCUUCUCUCCUCUCGCCGUCUGGUAUUAAAACAGCCACAACAGUCAUACUUAUACACUACUCUAUUCUCAUUGAUCGUGUUCUUAUACGUUCGUCCAAACACCGAAGAGAGAGUAUAUCUUGCUUUAAAGCCGAAAGUCACCAUUUUCAUCGGGUGAGAAAGAAGCUUUUUCAAUUGAUUUGCCAGGAUUAAUGAGCGUUCUCCAUAAUAAGGCAUAGAGAAAUAGUACCGUUUAAGAUUAGGCUGAAUAGGUUUUUGUACAGUCUUGUACAGUUUGUACAGUCUUGUUGUUUUUGUACAUAUCUUUCUCACCCGAUGAAAAUGGUGACUUUCGGCUUUCUACACGUGUUUUAUUGUCUGUUUCUAUGUUAGAAGUUAUUUUUUGUGCAUCAGUUGACUGAUGAUGUCUUUAGAAUAAAGACGAAACGUCUCAAUUUGAAAUGGUCAUUUCAACAUGUAAAAAGGUGAUUUUAAUCUUGAUUUUUGCCAUAAAAUGUUUCACCUUAAACAAGGAAUCAAUCCUUAACUCAUUUUACUGUUCUAUCCUUAUUGUACAUGGAGACAUUUUAUCAAAAGUUAGAUUCUCAUAUACAAAACCUCUCUGAGCGAUAUCGUUCAAAGUACACAAUAAGACAAGAAACGUAUGAUGAUAUGCUAACAGUUUUGAAAUACAGUAAAGCUAAUUUACAGUUUAACACAGUUUAAAUUUUGGAUUAAAAAGAAUUUUAAAUUAGUGAAAAUUAAAAGAGUACAAAGUAGGAGAUAUUGUUGGUUUGAAAAUAGAUAAAGUUGAUCGUUCAAAUGUUACGUCCACAGUUUUACCAUGUAAAGUUGUUUCUAUUCAAUCCACAACAAAUGGUACUACAGAUGGAAUUAUGUAUAAACUAUGUACGACAGCUAGUGUUAUUUCAACAGGGCACAGUAGCGAAGAUUUAUUAAAUCUGACAGCAUGUAAUUUUUCUGAUUUACGUUUAAUUAAUCCAAGCAAUUUACCACAAUUAACUUUCAUACAAGCAUGUAAAGAGUAUGCAAAUCUAGGUAUUUUAAGUUGUAAUUGCAAAUCAACGUGUUCAACCAAAGCUUGUCCAUGUAAAUCUAAAGGUGUUUUAUGUUGUACAAAGUGUCAUUCAAAGAAAAAAUGUCGAUGUUUGAAUAUUUAA